CGGGGAGUUCAGGGUGGAACAGGGCCAUGUCUGUGGAGUAGACUUCACUGCUUCAAAGCCUGAAAAAAUGCCAUAGUGGGAGGCCAAAUGCAGUGACUUAAUAUGGAACCUGAAGUGGUAAGGAGCAGGCUGUCAGCCUGAGCAAACCUGUGGCAAGCUCUGGCAAAUCCACUGGAGCUGGUUUAUGUAAAGCUCUCUCUGAAAUCACAAGGCAAUAGAUGAAGUUAAUAGGCUGAAGAGGAGACUCUAUGAAAUCAUGCAGCAGGAGAUACGGCCGCUGGUAGCAGUGGAUAUAAUAGAGCAGCUCCACAGGCAAUUUGCAAUCCUGUCAGGAGGAAGAGGGAAGGAUGGGGCACCCAUUAUAACCUUUCCAGAAUUUGCAGGAUUCAGUGAGAUACCUGAUGAUGAUUUUCUGAAUGUGGUCACUUAUCUAACCAGCAUUCCCAGUCUGGAGGCUGCCAGCAUUGGAUUCAUCAUCAUCAUAGACAGACGACGGGACAAAUGGAGUGCAGUCAAGGCAUCCCUGACACGAAUAGCAGGAGCAUUUCCAGGAAACCUGCAGCUGGUGUUUGUCCUGAGACCCUCCCGCUUUAUCCAAAGGGCAAUCGCUGACAUUGGCAUUAAACUCUAUCGAGAUGACUUUAAAAUGAAGGUACCGAUCAUCAUGUUAAAUUCUGUCUCUGAUCUGCAUGGCUACAUUGACAAGAGCCAGCUGACCCGGGAGCUGGGAGGGACCCUGGAGUACGGCCACAGCCAGUGGAUCCAUCACCGAACGGCCAUUGAAAACUUUGCAAUGACAGUAAAAACAACAGCACAGAUGCUACAGACCUUUGGAACAGACUUAGCAGAGACUGAACUUCCCAACGAUGUGCAGUGCACAGAGGAACUUCUCUCCUCACACACCGAGCACCACAGCAAGCUGAAGGAUGAGCUGAAGCUCGCAGUGAAGCAGGGGGCCACCUUACUGACAUGCAUCCGGGAGCCAGUCACCCGAAGUGCCAACAGCAAACUCAGUCCAGAUGAACUGGAAAAUGUGGCCACAGUGGAAAGGUUGUUGGCUCAGUUGGAUGAAACAGAAAAGGCUUUUGAUCAGUUUUGGACCAAGCAUCAUCUAAAACUAGAACAGUGCCUGCAGCUUCGACACUUUGAACAUGAUUUUAGAGAGGUAAAAUUGACAUUGGAUAACCUCAUGGAAACACAAGCAGGUUUUGCUGAUAUUGGAGACAGUGUGACUCGAGUUGAGAACCUCCUCAAGGAACAGAAACAUCUCGAAGAGAAAGGACAGGAACCUUUGGAGAAGGCCCAGUCUCUGGCUCUCCAUGGAGAACAGCUCAUCCAAAACAACCAUUAUGCAAUUGACUCCAUUAGACCAAAGUGUGUUGAACUCAGGCGAAUUUGUGAUGACUUUACCAACGAGACCAAGAAAAAAUAUGAUAUUUUGGGAAAGUCUCUUGAGCUGCAUAAGCAGUUAGAUAAGGCAAGCCAAUGGUGCGAAGCUGGAAUCUACCUCUUAGCUUCCCAAGCUGUGGACAAGUGCCAGUCACAAGAGGGAGCUGAAACUGCACUCGUUGAAAUUGAGAAGUUCUUGGUAACAGCUAAGGAACACCAGCUCUCCAGCCUGAAGGAAUUCUACAAUCAGUUUGACAUGAUCCUCACCCCGGAAAUAAAGGCCAAUGCCCAAAGAAUUGUACAAAAACUCGAAGAUGUGCAAGAAAUGUUUGACAAGAGGCAAGUAAGUCUGAAGAAGCUGGCAGCCAAACAGACCCGGCCAGUACAACCUGUUGCUCCACAUCCUGAAUCUUCCCCAAAGCGAGCAUCACCAAAGAUUACCAGACCAGCAGCAGUAGCUACCAACAGGAGGUCUACAGAAAUUUCCUGCCCUCCAAAGACUGUUUCUGAAGUAGAGUUAUCAAAAAAGAAAAGCAUUAAGAAGACAAAAGGUGGAAUUAAGAUUGAAGUGAUGCAUGAAGCCAGUCAAGGAGGAUCCAGCAGAGUCCUGGUGACCAGUGAAAGUGAUGAGAACUUGUCAACAAGGAGGAGCCACAUAAUCAAUGAGCUGAUAGAAACAGAACGGGUUUAUGUGGAAGAACUUCAAAGUAUAAUAGAGGGGUAUGCUUCAGAAAUGGACAAUCCCAAUUUAGUACAUCUGAUUCCAUCUGCACUUCAGAACAAGAAGGAAAUUCUUUUUGGGAACCUCCCAGAAAUCUACUAUUUCCACAACAGGAUUUUCCUUAAGGAGAUAGAAAAUUGCAUUGAAAACCCUGAGCUUCUUGCCCGAUGCUUUUUGAAAAGAAAGGAGGACCUCCAAAUAUAUGAAAAGUACUGUCAGAACAAACCAAGGUCUGAAGCUCUCUGGAGACAGUGUGGAGACAGCAUCUUUUUUCAGGAAUGUCAGCGUAAAUUGGAUCAUAAGCUCUCACUUGAUGCUUAUCUCUUAAAGCCAGUUCAGAGAAUCACCAAGUACCAGCUGCUGCUAAAGGAAAUGCUGAAGUGCAGCAAGAACUCAGAAGGCACUGCUGAAUUGGAAGAAGCCCUGGCCACGGUGCUUGAUAUCAUCAAAUCAGUAAAUGAUUCCAUGCACCAGAUAGCAAUCACAGGAUAUGAGGGGGAUGUCAGUGAGCUUGGCAAGCUGUUGAUGCAGGGUUCCUUCAAUGUAUGGACUGACCACAAGAAGGGGCACAACAAGGUGAAGGACUUGGCUAGAUUCAAACCAAUGCAGAGACACCUCUUCCUCUAUACCAAGAUGCUACUUUUCUGCAAGAAACGGGAGGAGAACACCGAUGGUCAUGAGAAGACAGCUUCAUACAGCUUUAAAAAUUCAUUAAAGAUGAGCACUGUGGGCAUUACAGAAAAUGUAAAAGGGGAUAAUAAGAAGUUUGAGAUCUGGUAUAAUGGCAGAGAAGAAGUCUAUAUCAUUCAGGCAUCUUCUGUUGAGCUGAAAAACACCUGGGUUUCAGAGAUCCGCAAAGUCCUGACAGGACAGCUGGAGGCAUGCAGAGAAGCAAGUCAACUGCACCAAAGAAUCACUGAGAGUGUUUAUCAUGCACCAAUGGAUUCCUCCAAUGCAAGCAGGUAUGGCAGGAAGUCAUCGAGUAUAUACGAAAACAAAUCUGAGACAUCAAAUGUGGAUGCAUCCAACAACAAAAACAGGAAUUCCAGUCCCAGUGCCAGACAAAAGAGAGGUCCCCUUGUUCCUGCAGUUAAAGUCAAGAGACAUGAAAUAAAGAGUGACCCAACUCCCCUGGGGUUUGAAGAUGCUUUUGAGAACACCAUUUUGGCCCAGACUAAAUGUAAUGCUGGUUCCACCACGAGAUCCGUACCUAGAUCUGCUUCACAGACAGGUUGGCCCAGCAGACAAAUGCCUUCUCUAGACACAUUUGAAGAUUUUGAAGCCAUCCCUUCCAGCAUGGAUGAACUCUCUAACUCUUCUGAUUUGGAGGAAGAGACCAACCCUAAUAAUGGCAGCAAUCUCUUCCGGGUUGAAGGCAGUUUUGACAGCUGUUUCCCAGAUUCUCUUUCUCUCGAGGAUGGAGAUUUAGUGCAGUUUGUGCAGGAAGGAGAGAAUGGUCAAUGGUUAGUGAAGAAACUGGUCUCUGAGAAAAGCGACUGGGUUCCCUCCAGCAUAUUGCAGCCAGCAGAGGGGGACAGUAACAACAUAAUUAAGAGCAGCAAUGCAGACACGUACAACGAUUCCUGCAGCACAGCCUCAGUAGAGUCAGACACAAAGGAAGCUGAGGUGGCCAAAAGCUUCCCAGCAGAACAGAGGGCUGGCAGCUGAACAGCAGGACCAGCCUUCCUCAGGACCUCGUCCACCUGUCUUUAUCUUGGGUGGACACUGGAUCAAAGUUGCCUUUCUCACAAGCUCUGAGGUUCAUAAGUCACUAAAAUUUUAUCAACAUGAACAGAUGAGAACUGUGCUGUCCACCUGGCAAGCUGGGAAAAACAAACUUUAAAGGAGCAUUAAACAUCCAGAAAACAUCAAACCUACCUUCAGUAUUAGAGGAGAAAAAUGCUUCUCGCAUUGAUUAUCAAACUGUUUCAGAAGAUGUGGCCUAAAUUAGGUCAACAGCAGAGCUGAAGAGUGUCUAUGCACGCACCUUUUGGCAACUUUGCUUGAGCACCACAUCACUGCAGAGGGGCACGUGGUGGUUAUGAGUCCUUGCUCCACCCUGGGGUCACCUGGAGGUUUUUCCAUUUGCUUGCCUCUGGCUGUGCCUUCCCUGUCCUCCUUAAUUCCAGCUGAUACAUCAUCACAAAUGUGCCCUUUUUGAUAUCAGUCAACACCAAAAACACCCCGCUUGAGGGUGGCUGUGGAAAGGAGACUUCUGGCUGGGACCAUCAGAGAGGCUCCAUGCAGCAGUGACGUGUCCCCUCUGCAGUGGCCCAGCAGGGCCCUGCUGCACACAGCAUUCCACACCUGGCAUGGUGCAGGUGGCAGCUCCUGCCUGGGAGGUGCAGGGCUAAGCAGGGAAGUAAAGACAUGUAACAGCUACUGUGACAAAGAACACUCUGAACUCUUUUUACAGUCUAAGUCAUUCCUCUGCCCCCUCUACAAUCUCUGGUUGCUGGAUCACAGCCCUUUGCAUUUGGUGCCGAGAAUUCAGUUGAAUGCCAUUUACUGUCACAUGUUUUAGUAGACUGCAUGCUUUCCUUGUGUGCUGGGCUAUGAGUAGAUACAUUUCACCCCCCAUUUGGAAUAUACUUAAGCAUUGCAAAUAGGCCGUGAGCAUUAGAUGCUCCAAUGAGUGGAUAAAGUGUUGUUGUUAAAUACUUCUUUCCAGGACGUUUGAUGAAAGGACUGUACCAAAUCUCUGCCACAUAAGGAUGUAAUGUAUAAUAUAAAGUGAUUACAGAUGUUAUGAUUCCUAUACAAGCCAUUAGCUCAUUUAGAGCAGCUGUUAAGGCAUGAAGGCAUUUUGAUGGUAAUUGGGUCUUAGGUCCCACAAAAGCUGCUAGUACUGAUAAAUACUGCUAGUAAAGAUAAAUAGCUAAACUAGAUAUUUAAACUAGCUGCUAGUAAAAAUAAAUAUUGACUAAGAGUUGCGAACAGGCAAAGACCAGUCUGGUAAAAAAAUGAGCCCAGAAGAAGCUCAAGAGUGAGUGAGUGGCUUUCACUCUUAGGGAUGUUUUGUUUAACCCUCAGACUAGUGGUGCUUUAUAUAAAUAACAAAGGGCACUAAAAGCACUAGAAAUGGAGAUGAAGCAAACCAAAACCCACUCUUUACUAACUGAGCCUCUGAGUAAAGCAGUAGGUGUGUGUAUCAUUUCUGCUCUCACCUUUGCAGGGACUCGAAUGUUUUCUUUUGUGUCUCAGUGGAGGCAAGUACCUUAGUGUCCUGACUCCCAGGAUACCUGACUCCCACAGGUAUCCUGGGAGUCAGGACACCAGUGGAGCAGGCAGAUAGUCCUGUUUGAGAAAAAGCCUUGGAACAGGUAAAGGCUUAGACAGAUUUUUUUUUGCCUAUGAAGACUUAUUGCUUGAUUUUAAGUUGCACUGUGGUGAUUGAAUCCCAUGGCUCUUCUAAUCUUCCAUAUCUAAACUCUGUGACUUUUGACAUUUUCUGUUCAGGACUAAAAGACCUCUCUGGAAGCUAUUUUUGUUCUACUGAGGUAGGAGCUUGCCUGUUUGUGUUGGUCAUUUACCUCAAAAUUGACAUGUGGGCUCUCAGGAACACAAAUCCUCUUGGUCUACUGUGGUUAUCAGCAUCUUGCAGGAAGAAUUGCUUCCUUUCAGUCCCCUAAGGAAAUAUGCAGUGACAUUUUCUUAGAGUGCAAUUACUUUAUCCUCUCUCUAAAAUGAGUUCAUUUUGGUUUCUCUAUUACUUUCAGUAAUUUUUGCACAGGAAUGGUGCUGCUGUCUACCCCUGCCCUAAGCAUAGGAGAGGGAAGGGCUAGGGAGCUUUGAUUGCACAUGAGUAUAGUAAGCUUUUGUGUGUGGGGAAGAAAGAUAGGGAAGGGUUACCCUGAGUGUAUGAAACUGCCAGAUUGAAGAUUUGUGACAUUCCCGAUGCAUGGAAAGACAAAGGAGCAACCUUCUGGCUUUGCUGAUGAGACAAAAUGGGGUUUGAUGACUUUUUGAGUUUUUAAAAUAGUAUGCGGGACAGUCUUUUAAUUAGUGUAUUUCUGUCAAGCAAAGUGAUAAUUAAGGGAAUGACUCUCCAUGUACAGUCUAGAAGAUGAUUUGGUAAAGUCCAGCAAGACUAAUGUGUGUUAGGGUAGGCUUAUUCUGUCUGUAGGUCUUUGACACUAUCCUAUUCAGGUAGAUGGACCUAAAAAUCAUAGUUUUCAAAUAAGGAUUUCAUUUCAGUGCUGUUUGGAGAUGCUAUAGUGACCAUUUAGAAGUCAUUUAAAAGUAAUGGUUGUGACUAAGAUUUGGCUGUAGAAGACACCAGAUCCCAGGUAAAUCCGUGCUGCAGCAGCCCUUGCUGCUGGCCCUGUGCCUGGCUCUGCUCCUGGGCCUGGGCUGGCCACACCUGCCCUCCAGGCUGAGGGUUUGCCUGGGCUCUCUUCUCUUUGCUCUGCUGCUCUUCUGUGAAACUUCAUAAACUUCACAGCCUCAGAACUGCCUUUAAAAGUGCCCAUUCAGGUGUGGGUGGGCUGCUGAGUCCUUCCCUGGCACCAGUGGGGAACAGAGACGGGCGGUUGCUCGACACACAAGUCUUGCUUUUAGUAAACCAGGCAAGAAUAGAAUCAGGCCUGAUCCUCUCCUCUCACCUGGAACCCCACCAGGUGGAGAACCAGACCAGUGCUUGUUGUCUUGAACACAAACAGCUGCAGCCAAACCACAUCAUCUGAGCUCUGGCUUUUCUUGCCAGUGACAGCAAAGCUCUGUGUGUGUCAUGUUCUGGCCGUGUGUGUGAUGAGAAGCCAUUUUAUUAUCUAUGAUUUUCUUAGAGUCUUGAUAUUUCAAACAGGAUUGGGUAUGAGAAAGGCCAUGCGCUUCCUUUCCAAAAAUACUCAAAGACUUAAUAUAUAUAUAUAUAUAUGUGAUUAGAAAGAUAUAAGAAUAAUAAGGAAAAAGAUCCAAAAUGUGUAUUUCUUCUUGCAGCUGGACUGAAAUAGCUGCUAAGAUUUCCUCUCCCCAGCUGAGAAUUGGUACAGUUUGUUUUUCUUACAUGAUUUCCAUGGUGUUGAUAAUGAUGUAUUUGUAUAUUGUGACUGAUGAGAGAUAAUCAGACAGGAAAAGAGCACAGAAUUACCUGUCCUUUUUUCCAGACAAUACAGAAUGUAUGAGUUUAUUACAAGAAAAAAAGUGUGCAGAUGAACUUCCUGUAAUUAGGCCAUUCUGACCUGUGUAGAACCACACUUUGUUUGAAAUUUAUAAAAAUUAUAACUAGUACAAAA